AUGUCCCUACUCAAUCAUGGUGGCAGAAUUGUGCCCAUUGUACUUGCGGGUCACCAACAACAACACGGCUCUACAGAGUCCUCCGUACUAAACACCAAUUCCCCUUCACAUCCCAACCCUCCCUCCAAUCCCUCUUCGCUGCUGGAUCAGCAAGAUGAUAUCCCUGCCGUGCGUCAACCAAAGACCAUGGACUUCAAAUGCUUAGAGAUGCCCUGUUUGACUGAACGCGGUCUAUUUGCCUUGCCCACAGAAGGAGAUGGGAAUUGCCUCUACUAUUCCCUCUCCGACCAAUUGAAGGGUACAUUUUCCCACGCGGACGAAAUUCGCCAGAUCCUUGCGGCGCAUAUGGCAAACAAUAGAACGUACUUCAUGCAGUUUGUGGUUGCCCAAGGGGGCGAGCGUCGUCGCCCCAAACGAGCCACCGCCUCUGCAUACGCCACGCGUUCGGCCGACGUAUCAUGUCCGUCUGAAGAGGAUAAGGAGAGGCGAUUCGAGGAAAUGGUUGCUUUGACUCGCAAAAACGGCGAAUGGGGGAGUUCAGAGCACCUGCAAGCAUUCUGCCAGGUAUUCAAGGUGGACAUCAAUGUCUACACAAUGGAUGGCGUGCAAAUGUUUCGAGAUGUUCAUGCUAUGCCUGACGAGCAUCGGGACGCCAUCCAUGUCGCCUUCCACGAUUUUAAGCACUACUCCUCUGUGCGAACCAUCGGCGGUUGCCACACAGGGCUUCUGGCUAAGUCGGUGUGCAUCAGGCCCCUAGUGACGUCCCUGAAGGAUGGAGAUUCCAAAGACGAAGCUUCACUAGGUGCUGCCGAUGUCAAAGCGACAGCUGCCGACACCAAAUACAUUCCAAGUACUGAAAACGACACUUCCACAACUCAUCAACUCUCCCCAUCUUCCUCAUUUAACUCCAUCUCCACCAGUGACACCAAAUCUACCAACACAUCUGUACAUACUAAAGAUCCCAACUUAGCCGUCGAUGUUUCCCCUCCUUGGGAUAUACAGACCAUUCAAGAUGCUUUCGGAGGUCGAUAUGACCACGAUACCAUCAGGGACAUGCUUCAGAAAUGUCGAGGCGACAUUGAUCGGGCAUUUGCGGAGCUUCUCGGCGAAAAGAAUGACAGCGAGAAAAAUGUCGUCCCGGGCCCGAGCUUCAAGUCGAACUUGCAGGUAUCACGCUCAUCAUCGCCAUUCAGCACGGGCAGCAAGCGCUCCGCUGAUGACAGCGACGACUCGGAGGACCCGCGCCCAGCCGUUCGACGAGGUCGACCCAGAAAGCGACUCGUUUCCAACCUUACGCUGGGCGUGGGUAUCUCAUUCCGAGACGACCAGAACGAGGUCGUCUCGCUUAAUCUGCGGAUGAAAGCAAAUGCCGAGAAAGCCGCAGAGGCAGAGAAGACCCGAACGGAAGCCUUUAGUGAGGACUCUGAGCAAUCGGAGACGACCCGCAAAGGACCCCGCCGCAGCGGUCGUCUUUCAAAAUCUCGUUCAGCCUAG